GGACUUGACAAGAUGCCGGGUUCCGUGGCCGCCAUGUCCACGACCAGUGGAAGGAGCCAGACACGCUACCGCACUGUGAAUCACAACGCAGAUGUGGAUGAGACGCUGUUCGGCACUGCCAGAGAUAGGACAAUGCGGAAAGAGGAGGAGAGAGAAGUGAUGAUCGUGGGGAAGGACACGGUGAUGGUGCGGAAGCGUUACGACAGGCACGCGAAGGCGAGCCCCAAGGAGCAGGCGGUGGUGAUCGCCUCUUCCGAGCUCAACCGCCUCAGGGAGAACGCCAAGCUCCUAACCAAGGAGGAGGAGAUCGAGCAGAAGAAGCGCGAGGAGGAGGCCCUGGCGGAGCGCCAAGCGAAGUCCAUCGCCCGCAAGGAGAAGAUCAGGCAGAUGGAGGAGGAGCGCAAAAGGAACGCCAUCCAGAACGAGAAUGCCAAGGAUGCGCGUGGACCCAAGGGCGGCGUCCUCGAGAGGGCCAAGCAGAUGCUGGAUGAAGACAUGGAUGAUGUGAAACACAUGAAUCAGAUGAUGCUCUACUCCAAGAUCGUGACCAUCCGCGACGCCCAGAUCCAGGAAAAGCGCAUGGUGCAGGGUGAGCGAGAGGAAGAGGAGCGGCACCUGGAUGCCAUGAUGGAGAUCGAGCGGCUCAAGGCUCUGAAGAUGUACGAGGUGCGUGAGCAGGAGCGUCUGCAGAGCCAGCGGGCUGGGGCCAAGGUCAUCAUUGAGCAGAUCAAGGACCGCCAAGCUCAGCGCAUGAAGGAGGAGGAGCACCGCGACCAGGAGCGGUCCUUCGUGCUGAAGCAGAUCGAGUCUUUGAAGGCGGAGGAGAUCGAGCAACAGCAGCAGAAGAAGCUGGCAGCGGAGCGGCUUAUGCAGGAGGUGAACGAGGCCAACUCCGCGGCCAUGAAGAUCAAAGAGGAGCGCAUGCUCGCGGAGAAGCUGGAAGAGCAGAAGAUCAUCGAGUACCAGGAGGCCAAGGAGGCGCGGGAGCGGGAGCAGGAGGCCGAGAAGGCCCGCCUGGCGGCGGACAAGGAGCGGGAGACGGCCCGGCUCCGCGCCAUGCAAGAGAAGGCCCAGGACAAGGCCGCGGAGAUGGACGCGCUGCGGGCCAAGCGUGCCAUGGAGGCCGCCGAGCGCAGCGCCCGGCAGAAGGAGCAGGCGGAGAAGGAGAAGCAGGAUCGCAUGAACGCGGACCUCAAGGAGGCGCGGCUGCAGCAGCAGGCGGAGAAGGAGCGCCGCCUUGGGGAGCAGGCCAAGUUCGAGCGCGACGAGUUCGAGCGCAUCAUCGAGGUCCAGAUGCAGCAGGAGGAGGCUGAGCGCCAGAGGCAGGAGGAGGAGCACGGAGUGCGCAUCCGCCACUCGGAGGAGCUUCGCCAUCAGAUCUCGGCCCGCGAGGAGAAGGCCUACCAGGAGCGCCGGGACUUCCUGGAGGAGGGCAACGCGGUGCGGGCCUCCAUCGGCAACGAGCGCAAGAAGCUGGAGAAGAUCAAAGCGCGCAAGAUCGAAGAGUUGAAGAAGAGCGGGGUCCCGGAGAAGUACUGGGCGGAGCUCGCCAGGAAGAAAAUUUCCAUCUGAGCAUCGAAGAAUGCCCUUCUGCGCGGCCAGCAGGGAUGCAGCAGGCGCAUGCUCAAGG